AUGUCGUCGUCAAUUGCAAUCCCGAUGACCCCGUCGUCGGCCAACACAUAUCACCACCACCAGUCACCCCAGGUCCGGGGUGCUGCUAGCUCUUCCUCGUCGACAUACUCCAGUUCACCUCAAACAUCUUCCCCGACUUCCGUUCAGAAGCGAAAGAUGGUCCAUGAACGUCGUCCUAGCCUUCUCAGCUCCGCCUUGUCGAAGCAGGAAAGCACCGUUAUCAACAUCGGCGAACCAAACGGAACUCCCCGCCUUAUCACCUACCUCUCCUCGAGCCAGGGCUUUGCAUGGAACCCAGAGAUCUUCCUGCCGUCGUAUGUCGAUUGUGACUACACCCCGCUCGAGAACCGACGGGAGCCCGUACACGAGAUUGUCCUUAGCGACGAGGAGAUCAACAACAUGUUUCCUCAAUAA